AUGGACUCCUUCAACAUCCCACAGACCCAAACAGUCGCUCUCGUCCAUUCCCUGGGCGGCCAAGUCGAGUUCAGAACAGACUAUCCUGUGCCAAUCCCGGGACGCAACGAAGUCCUCGCCAAAGUGCUCUACACCGGCGUCUGCCAGAGCGAUCUACAUACUAAAUCCGGCACCGCAGCCGGACCAGACGGCAAUUCGAUCACAAAGAUUAAACUUCCACACGUGGGCGGCCACGAAGGUAUCGGCCGGGUGGUCGCGCUUGGACAAGAUAUCACGCACGCCGCGGGUCUGAAAGUCGGCGGGCUGGUCGGGAUCCGGUUCGCAAGCCGCAUCUGUCGACGGUGCGAGUUCUGUCUUGCGGGUACAGAGCAGUACUGCAUUUCUAGUACGAACCAUCUUCACCACGAGGAUGGCUCUUUUCAACAGUACAUUGCGCUCGAUGCGGAUUACUUGACGAUUUUGCCUGAUGAUGUUGAUCCAAAGGUUAUGGGGCCGGUGCUUUGUGCGGGUUUGACGGCUUAUAAGGCCGUCUUGAAUGCGAAUGUUCGUCCUGGGAAUUGGCUGGUGGUUGUUGGAGCCGGAGGUGGUCUUGGGCAUUUGGCUGUUCAAUAUGCAAGAGCUCAAGGGGCUCUGGUAAUUGGUGUUGACACUGGUCCUGGUAAGGGAGAGUUUGUCAAAGGUCUCGGCGCGCAGGAAUUUAUCGACUUUGCCUGUGAGGAUCCCGUCAAGAGGGUGCUAGAGAUUACUGGCUUGGGUGCCCAUGCUGCUGUAGUAACAGCAGGUAAUGCAAAGGCGUUUGCACAUGCUUGUGAUAUGCUGCGGGUUGGUGGUACUUUGAGUUGUGUUGGUAUUCCCCCGGGAAGACCGAGCUUGGAGACUCCCAUCUGCACGAUUGUGAUCAAGGGCCUCAGGAUUACGGGUAAUCUGGUGGGCUCGCUGAAGGAAUGUAUGGAGGCUGUUGAUAUGGUACAACGUGGUAUUGUCAAGCCUGUGGUCAAGGUCCGGCCAUUUAAGGAUUUGCCUCAGGUAUAUGAAGAGAUGGAGAAGGGUGAUAUUUCAGGACGGAUUGUCCUUCAGAUCACAGAAUGA